AUGACACUGACAGUUGACAGCAGGGGAAAAUUGAAAUCAACGAAUGAACAGACAGAGCCAGCGCAAGCAAAGUAUUUCAUUAUUUUCGUAUUCUGCAAAAGUGUAAAUCAAUAAAGGGGUUUGUGUGUUAUAUUAUCAAGUUUUUGUAUAUAAAAUGGCAGAUUCAAGUAACAAGGAAUCAUCAGUGACUAAAGUUCCAAUGAUUUAUGUUUGUGGAGAAUGCCAUCGGGAGAAUGAAAUAAAACCAAGAGACCCAAUAAGAUGCAGAGAGUGUGGUUACAGGAUAAUGUACAAGAAGCGAACAAAAAGAUUGGUUGUCUUUGAUGCUCGCUGA